AUGAAAUUUCUCUACAACUUUCUCUCCCUCCUCACCAUUUCAUCCGCUCAAUUUCCCUCCCCUCCUUCUCUCACCCCGACUCCCUCCUAUCCCGGCUGUCCUCCAGAUGGUCCUCUUCUCCCCCGACCCUCCAACCUCGCCCAGUCCCCUGACUUCCAGUCCGCCGCGAAGAACCUCACUUCCGCCCUGGACGCAGCGGUCGGUGGCACUCUCAAGGCAGGCUGGAAUGUUGACAACGUCUCCUUCUCUCUGGCAGUGGUGUCGCCGAACGGACCCCAAUCUAUCAACCAACCUCUGUGGGAGUAUCACCACCACGCCAGGAACAACACCCAGGGCGUGAAAACCGUUACCCGCGACACCCAGUACCUGGUCGGUUCGAUUUCCAAGGUCUUCUCAGCGCUGGUCCUGCUGAGGUCCGGUGUGGACCUGCAGUUGCGUGUGACGGAUUUCUUCCCGGAGUUGAAACAGUCGAGGAUUGCUUGGGAUGAAAUCACGCUGGAUACGUUGGUGGAACAUUCUGCUGGGAUUUCUCCCAACUUGGUUUAUGAAUUCUUCUUCCUGGAACCGGUCUACAAGAGUCUGGGGUUCCCUGCGCUGAAUGAAUCGCAGUACCCGGACUGCGGCGUGACCGGUCUGAAUAAAUACUGCUCUAGAGAACAAAUCUUCCAUGAGCUCCGUACCAUGAACCCUGUGGUGCCUGUCAAUUCGAAACCCAUCUACUCGCAACUUUCGUUUCUAGUCUUCUCGCUCUGUCUGGAGAAAGCCACCGGCAAGAACUACACCCAACUCUUGCAUGAGACGGUCAUCCAGCCAUUGAACCUGUCCAACACGGGUGUCUCACCGGGCGAUAGCGCGAAAGCAGCAAUCCCCAAUGGGAUGUCUUCAUGGGGAUCCGACUAUGGUUACAAUGCACCAGGAGGCGGUCUGUACUCCUCCACUGCAGACCUGACCACCGUCCUGAAUCACAUCCUCAACCAUACCAUCCUGUCGACACCCUCCGCCGUGCGAAAAUGGCUCAAACCAUACUCCAUGACCAGUUCUCCAAACAAUCUGGUUGGCAAACCAUGGGAGAUCCUACGCACGACGCACCUCACUCCGGACCACCCCCACACCAUCGACAUCUAUGGCAAAUCCGGUGGUGCGGCGGGCUACGUCUCGCAGAUCGGGGUCAUCGAUCAAUAUGGCGUCGGCGUAGUGGUGACGACGGCGGGACCGGUCGACUCGAUGAAUAUCCUCUAUCAAUCUGUAUUGGGGACUUUCAUGCCUGCCAUCGAAACGGAGACGCGACGACAGGCAAGACAGUACACGGGGGAGUGGAAAGCCCAGUCUCUCCCUCCCAUCCACUCUCACUCUCAGACUCACUCUCAGUCCCAGAAAAAGCUAAAUAUCCGUGACGAUGGGAUCCACCUGACUCUUACACAAGAUUCGCACGCAGGAAUCAAGAUCACGAAUCUCACCCGCAAUGGGACCUCCAUCCUCCAGGCCAUCGAAACCGUCUUCCUAUCCACUUACACGUCGGUGGGGUUUGGAAUUCUAGGGACGGAAUUCCGCCUGUACCCAACGGAGCUGGAAUACGCGGUACCGAAGGAGGAAACGCGCGCACUGCUGGCGCAGAUGGGUCAGACGAGCAGCCGCACGAACGACGACGGCCAAAGUCUUGUGCGUCAAGAGUGGCGCGUGAAUCUGGAUAUCAUACCGCUGGACGGGGCGGCCAUGUCGCAGUUGCCCGGACAGGGAAGUCUGGAUGCGUAUUGCGCAUCGUGGCAGGUAGUGGAUUGGAUGCGGUAUGGAGGCGAGGCGUUAGAUCGGGUGGUGUUUGUUCUUGAUGAAAAUCAGACGGUGUUAGGGGUAGAGGUACCUGUUUUGAGGGGAGGGUUGCUGAAGAGAUCUUAA